AUGUCGAAUUCUUCUAAACAAACACUCGCUUUCAAUAAGUUUAAUGGUAAAAGUUAUUCAACAGGGAAAUCAAAUAUAAACGAAAUACUAGCAAAUGAUAAUUUAAAGUUUGUUUUAAAUGAGGAAUGUCUUCUACCUCCCAGUUCAUCUGAAAACCAAACUUUUUGGAAUGCUUAUGAUAGAUGGAUUAGGGUGAAUGAUAAAGCCCGAAUCUAUAUCUUAGCGAGCAUAUCAGAUAUACUAGCUAAGACAUACGAGAGCAUGGUCUCCGCUAAAGAUAUCAUGGAUUUAUUGCAGACAUUGUAUGAGCAAUCUAUCAUGCACGAUACAUUUGAUAAUGUUUAUAACCUCAAAAUCAAGGAUGAAAUCUCUGUUAGCAAACAUGUUCUAGAUGUGUUGAAGAUAAUAAACAAUACUGCAUAG